CUGCUGUGUUAUUGAUUCAGUUGAGCACAGAAGUACACAGACGUCUGCCUCUCCACAUCUGCACACAUCGCUCUCAGAUAUGGUGCUUCACCACAAAGAGUUUGAGAAGGCUGGCAAGUACUCCGGUCUCCAAAUAUGGAGAAUCGAAAAGAUGGAAAUAGUACCCGUGCCUGAAAGCUUUUAUGGGAGCUUUUAUACAGGUGAUGCCUACCUGGUGCUGCACACUGUUAAACAGAAAGACUCGAGCUUCUACGAUCUGCAUUUCUGGCUUGGUAAGGAAUGUUCUCAAGAUGAAAGUACAGCAGCAGCCAUCUUUUCAACUCAAAUGGAUGACUACCUGGGAGGUAAACCAGUUCAGUAUCGUGAAAUCCAGGGUUUUGAGUCCACCGUCUUCACCAGCUACUUCAAAGGCGGGAUAAAGUAUAAGAGUGGUGGAGUGGCAUCAGGAUUUCAACAUGUGAUCACCAAUGAUCUUACAGCCCGGAGACUCUUCCAUAUUAAGGGCAGGCGAACUGUCCGGGCCACAGAAGUUCCUCUCAGCUGGGCCAGUUUCAACAACGGUGACUGUUUCAUUGUUGAUCUGGGACCGGUAAUCUACCAAUGGUGUGGGUCUAAAUGCAACAAGUUUGAGCGCAUCAAAGCAGCCCAAGUGGGUACAGGCAUUCGAGACAACGAGAGGAGCGGACGAGCUAAACUGGUGGUUAUAGAAGAAGGACAAGAGCCCGCAGAGAUGACAGAGGUUCUUGGUGUGAAGCCUGAAAUCCCUGAAGGUGAUGAUAGCGAGGAUGCAGUUGCUGACGUGUCAAACAGGAAGAUGGCCAGUCUUUACAUGGUGUCAGAUGCAACAGGAAAAAUGCAAGUGUCGCUGGUAUCAAAGGACAACCCUUUUGAUCAAAGUAACCUGUUGUCUGACGAAUGCUUCAUUCUGGAUCAUGGAAAAAACAAAAUGAUCUUUGUAUGGAAAGGCCACAAUGCAAAUCCAAGUGAGAGAAAAGAGGCCAUGAAAACAGCUGAGAGCUUCAUUAAGCAGAUGGGAUAUCCUCAAAACACACAGAUCCAGGUUCUUCCAGAAGGUGGAGAAACACCCAUCUUUAAGCAGUUCUUCAAGAGUUGGAAAGAGAAGGACCAGGCCGAGGGUUUAGGCAGAGUCUUUGUCACAGAGCGGAUCGCUAAGAUCAAACAAGAGAAGUUUGAUGCCUCCAAGCUGCACGAAUCUCGGCAAAUGGCUGCUCAGUACAACAUGGUUGACGACGGCGCUGGAAAAACAGAGAUAUGGAGGGUGGAGUGUGGUGCUACCAAAGGUGAUACCAAGGUUCCUGUAGACCCAGAGACAUACGGCCAGUUCUAUGGAGGCGACUGCUAUAUCAUUUUAUAUAGGUACUCCAAAGGAGAAAUCAUUUACACCUGGCAAGGUUCCCGCAGCACCAUUGAUGAACUGACAGCUUCAGCUUUUCUCACUGUUGAACUAGACCGUUCACUGGGGGGAAAUGCUGUUCAGGUAAGAGUGACUCAAGGAAAGGAACCACCUCAUUUGCUGAGCCUCUUCAAAGACAAGCCUUUGAUUGUGUAUAAAGAUGGGACAUCUAGAAAAGGAGGACAGGCUCCUGCAGCUCCAACCCGCCUCUUUCAAGUGCACAAGAACCUGGGAACCAUUACAAGGAUUAGUGAGGUGGAUGCUAAAGCAUCAAGUUUGAACAGCAAUGAUGCCUAUCUGCUGAAGUUACCUCAGGGAGAUGGGUACAUUUGGAAGGGAAAGGGGGCCAGUGAAGAAGAGGAAAAAGCUGCAAAGUACAUGACCGAGAAGCUGAACUGCAAAACCAAAAUGGUUGUUGAAGGAAAGGAGCCAGAGGCCUUUUGGAUGGCUCUGGGUGGAAAGACAGAGUAUCAGACGUCUGGGUUGUUGGAGAGUAGAACUAUAGCACAUCCUCCUCGACUGUUCGCCUGCUCCAACAAAACUGGAAAGUUCAUUAUCGAAGAAGUACCUGGUGAGUUUAACCAAGAUGAUCUGGCUGAAGAUGAUGUCAUGCUGCUGGAUGUCUGGGAUUCGGUUUUUGUGUGGAUUGGGAAGGAUGCCAAUGAGGUGGAGAGGACUGAGUCUGUGAAAUCCGCAAAGAUCUACAUUGAGACAGACCCAUCAGGACGGGACAAGGGGACUCCUUUGGUUGUGGUAAAGCAGGGACAUGAGCCCCCCACCUUCACCGGCUGGUUCCUGGCGUGGGACGCCUCUCGAUGGGACGGUGACCUCAUGGCAAGAGCACUGAAUUCCCUCUCUGUAGUUUAAUGAAAGGCUCAGUUCUGAACUCAAUGGACUUCACUGGAAAUAUAAAACAGAUGUUUGUUUAUGGAGGCAUGAAGAGUGAACUAUAUUGAUAUAUUCUAUGAAAAUCUUUUUAAAAAUACUCCUCCACCCAUCCUAAAUACUCCAAUUCACUUUUGAUCAUAAAGUUGUGCACAUCAUUUAGAAGGGUUCGCACAGUUUUGUUUCUUCUCUGAAUUUCUGUAAGCAUGAUUUAAAAAUGUAUUAUUAAAGAAUCAAUGCACUUUUGAAAA